GGAAUCUGGGGGCGUUACAAACCGCGCCGCCGCGGCCGCGGCUGGCGGUGGCAAGCGGAUCGAGCUGAAGCGGAGGCUGUUCGAGCUGUCCCUCAGCGUCCUGAUGGAGACCAUCGCGCAGACCAAGACGUCCCGCACCGAGGAGGACGCCGACACGGACAUGUCGCCGGAGGCCCGAGAGUUCAAGCAGAUAGUUGACGAGAUCGUGCCGUACCUCGGUUCGGCCAACCUGUGGGACUACCUGCCGGUGCUGCGGUGGUUCGACGUGUUCGGCGUUUGGAACAAGAUACUGGCCGCGGUGAGCAGAAGGGACGCGUUCCUGCGGCGGCUCAUCGACGCGGAGCGACGGAGGUUGCACGACGGCGAUGAGAGCGAGAAGAAGAGCAUGAUCGCCGUGCUGCUCACUUUGCAAAAGGCAGAGCCGGAGGUCUACACGGAUACUACGAUCAUUCCUCUCUGUGGGAACUUGUUUGGCGCCGGAACGGAGACCACGUCAACCACAACAGAGUGGGCCAUGUCGCUCCUGCUCAACCACCCGGAGGUGCUCAGGAAGGCGCAGGCCGAUAUCGACGCGGCCGUCGGCACCUCCCGCCUGUGUCAUCUUCCCAAAGAAAAAAUCUAA